AUGAAGAAUUCUCUUGAAUUAGAAACAUUACCCACCAAAAACUCAUAUGAAUCAGUUGUUCUAGGUGGAACUUUUGAUAGAUUACAUGGAGGGCACCGUCUCUUACUCAAGGUAAGGGUGCGUAAUUUCAAGGACUACAUCAAUUCUAUUAAACCUGAGCUGAUAGUUCAAGCUGAACCAAUCACAGAUUGUUACGGGCCUUCGAUCGAAGAUGAAAAUUUGGAUGCAAUCGUAGUCAGUAAAGAGACGUUACCAGGUGGAUUAUCUGUCAACAAGAAGACAGCUGAGGAAGGCCUACCGCAAUUGAAGUUGGAAGUAAUGGAUUUACUCUCUGAAGGAUCUACAGGUGAAAAGUUAAGUUCCACGCUAUUGAGAAAGCUUGAGGCUGAGAAGGCUAAACAACAACCGCAACCUACAAAUUAA